GAUCCGACAGAGUACGUGUGUGUAUAUAUACACAUGUAGUUGUAGGGACAUAGUCUCAUAUUUUUGACAGACGUCCUUGCGAGAACACAACAGACAAAGGCACCAUCAUGAAACAGUCCCUGACAGUAGCCGUCCUGCUCUGCAUCCCUUGCCUCAUCACAUCUUCCUGCAUGUUCGGCCGGGCCAAGAAGCAGCCAAACGAACUGACGGGAGAACUGGAAACCUACUGCGAGUAUGGGGACGUAACAUUUGGGGUGAACGAGAACUACCUGGACGAAUCAAACUGCCUAAACUGUACCUGCGGCGACUUCGGCAUGUCAUGCUGCGGAUAUGGGCGAGCAGCUGGUAAAAUGAUCGCAGAACCUCCGUGUAUGGUGAAGAAUAUCGGAAAGUGUGGGGUGGCCAUUGUCAGAAUAGACAACGAAAACAUCCCGUGCAAAUAAUCAGUUAGAAUAUAUUAGUGAGAAAUUGACGGCCGUUAACCUUACACUCUUGUACUGGCCCACAACUGGAAUAAACCAUUGUACAACUAUCAAAAACAAA